AUGGAUUAUUCGCGGCUCAAGGCUGCGGCCUUGCAGGGCGCUGAGGACGAGGAGGCCGUCACCGUCGACACCAGAGCCUUGAUCGACAAGGUUCUCGCGAGAUACUCUGGCGAGUGGACGACACUGCGAGAACUUAUCCAGAACGCCGCCGAUGCGCAAGCAACCACAGUCAAAGUAAAAUGGGAGACGUUGCCCUCCACCUCCGUACCGCUCCCGAACACAACGAACCGAUCCGAGAUCCUCAAGCAUGUCAUUUCGAACCAUACACUGCGGCGCCUCGUCGUGGCGAACGACGGUCAACCCUUCACCAAGACGGAUUGGGGUAGACUGAAGAGAAUCGCAGAGGGGAAUCCCGACGAAACCAAGAUUGGUGCCUUUGGUGUUGGUUUCUACAGUGUCUUCGCCGACUGUGAGGAGCCAUUUGUGAGCUCAGGAAACGAGGCCAUGGCGUUCUACUGGAAGGGAAACGCCCUCUUCACCAAGAAGUCCACCCUGCCCCAAGAGCAGAGCAGCGGUGACACCACCUUUGUCCUGGACUACCGUAAUUCGACAACCCCUCUGCCGAACCUACUCUCUGUCAGCCAGUUCCUGGCCACCAGUCUUACUUUUGUUGCCCUACAACAUGUCGAGUUCUGGAUCGAUGACUACAAGAUUCUGGCCCUCCACAAGAAGACGUCUCCGAGCAUGGAUGUGCCCAUUCCUAGGGACCUUGAGACACGGACGAAGGAGGGAUUAAUGAAAGUCAGUACGGUGGAACGUACCAGCACACAGAUCGACGCUGCCGUGAUGAGUGCUGCUGGAUGGAAACCGAAGGCUGUUGCUGCGAAAACGUCCGAAUCCUACGGCAUGAGUUCUGAAGUCCCUUCGCUCAGAAGCUUCUUCUCCAGAUUGACCUCUUCGGCGACACAAGCAACCGCCAAAGGCAAGCAGCAAAGAGAGGAGGCCGCAGCUCAGGAAGAGAUUAGUGAGGAUGUGACUAGGAUUUCUACGUCAACCAUUUUCCUCCGAGUCACGACUGCAGCGGUCAAGACCCAUGUGUCGUCCUCCUUCGCCAGUGAGUUGGAGCGAGCAACAAAGAAGCCGCCCCCAAAGACCACAAAAUUGGCCAUCCUCACAUCUUCUUAUGAUGAGACUAUGGCAUCGGAGAGCUCGCGCUCUGCUACUAUUCCAAAGUCUGUCGACGUGUUCGCGUCAGUUCUGCCGAGCAAAAAGCCGGGUGGCCGCAUCUUCAUUGGUUUCCCCACCACGCAGACAACCGGUGCAGGUAUGCACAUUUCCGCCCAGUCGGUUAUCCCGACUGUGGAGCGUGAGGCGAUCGAUCUCAACGCUCGUUGGGUCAGAACCUGGAACAUCGAGAUGCUCCGAGCUGCUGGCAUUAUGACGAGACUGGCCUUCAUCAACGAGAUGAGUGAUCUAGACUCGAAGGUUAAGAGCAUUGCCGGCACGGGAUCGAAGCUGUCUGCCGCGGACGCCGCAAAGCUCAUGCCUGAAGCACUGCAUAUUCUCAAGACUUUCACGUUCUCUGAUUCCACACCAAGCGGUCAUGUCGCACAGAUUUUAGAAGAGUCAUUCUGGACUGCCUUCAAGAAGGCCUCUAUUGAGAUUUUCUCCUCUCGUGGCGUUUUGUCGACAACCAAGGUCCGAAUUGGUUCUGACGAACUUGCCAAGUUUGUCGAUACCAUUCCUGUUGUUCCCAAAGAGCUGAUGGAGAACUCGUUCGUCCGCAAGUUGAUCGACUUUGGGCUUAUUAGUCCCAUUACUGUCGAUGAUGUUCGAUCUGAGCUUGAGGCCAAGGCAAUGAACAAGGAGCAGCUGAUCAACUUUAUCAACUGGGCCGGAAAGAAAGCCCUCAAUGGGGAGCUGGAUCCUCCCAGCAAAGCCAGACUUCUGGAUGUCGCGGUUGCGACAGUAAGUGAGGACGGUGGUCAAGGCGAAAUUAUCGCCCUUGGCACCAUCACAAACUACCAACUGGCGAACAAGAUACCAGCGAAUCUGCCAAUCCCUCCUACAACUAUACCUCUGGCAUACACGAACACUUGCACCGCUCCUGAAUUGCAGGCUCUUGGCUGGGACCCUCUUGAAGUUGUGCCAUGGCUCCGGUUCCUCAUCGAGACCAGCUCGAGCAAGCCCGAUGAGCAGAACAUUAAGAAGUCAGCCAAGUUCGCUGUCCAGAUUCUGACAGUCUUGUCCAAGAAUUGGGACAACACCAGCCAGAGCUCCAAAGCCACCAUUACAACUCUUCUGCAGGCUCAUACUGUAAUGCCUACGAAGAUGGGCAUGAAGAGGCCAACGGAGGCCUUCUUCCCCACCGUCAAGCUUUUCGAUGACUUGCCUAUCAUCCAGGGUUGCCAGAGUCUGAAGGACAAGUUCUUGUCAGCCAUCGGAGUGCGCAAGACAGUCGACUUGGAUACCAUUUUCUCCAGGCUUCUGAGCCCAUCAGCUGAAGGCGGUGUCCAGAAAUGGAGUCACAUGGAACUUGUCAAGUAUCUCGCGUCUGUCAGGGAUGACAUUCCUGCAGAGGAUAUGAGAAAGCUCAAGGAGACACGGUUCUGCCCCGCGGAAGCCGGGCCGAGGGGAAUGGAGCCAACUAAGGGAAGCACUCAACUCUACAAGGUGUCAGAAUUGUUCGAGCCUAAGGACACUCUGAGAGUGCUCCAAUUGCCCAUUCUGCAAUGGCCUGGCCCACCCGGAAGUUUCAGGGCCAACAGCAACGAGGGACGAUUCCUGGCAAUUUUGGGCUUACGGCCUUACCCCUCUGUUCCCGAAGUGGUGGAAAUGAUGUGCUCCAAGGACGCAGAGCUUCGGACCUGUGCAAUGACCUACUUCAUCGCAAAUCAUCAUAUCAACGGAUAUGGUUCCUUCAACCUUGCCGACAGUCGUAGGGCUUUCUUGCCUCUACAAAAUGAGAACAGAUUGGUGACACCGGCUGCUUGCUUCACGAACGAGGGCGCAGCAAUUCUGGGCUUCGAUAUCCUGAAGAAGGAACUCCAUGUGCAUGCAAACAAAUUUGGUGUUGUCAGAGAUCCGCCUAUCGCCGAGUGUGUCUCCCGUCUGCUGGCCAAGCCACCUCAGGAUCGUCAAAAGGCUAUCGCUUUGUUCGACUACUUUGCUCUGCGUAUCGGAGAUCUCGGCGAAGGCAGUUUGGCCAAGCUGCGCGACGCACCGAUUGUUCCAGUCAGUCGGCAGGCUCGAGAGGGCAGUGAGAAAUCUGGUUCUUACGUUACCCACAUCAGCCCGAAAAGAUGCUACCUUGGGACUUCUGCGACUUACGGCAAUAUCUUUGACUUUGUUGACUUUGGCACCAAUGCCAACACGUUUCUCUUCAAGUGCGGGGCCAAGAACGAACCUACAAAACCCGAAAUUGCGAAUCUUGCUUGCAGCGAGCCAGCUCGCUUGCUCAGCAUUUUGCAAAGCCCGGAUAAGUACCUCGCUUUGCUGAAGUCCUUGGCCGAGAACUGGGCUACUCUCAAGAGAGACAAGGAGUUGGUCAGAAAGAUGAAGUCGUCGCCUUUCCUCCUCGCCGCCAAGGAAAUCCCGUCUCCGAACAAGGAUAGACUUGUUGAUAUCGACGAUGACGAUGCAGACGCACCCAUCAAGCAAUACCAGCUCGCUGCGGCCAGUCGAAUUGUUAUUCUCGACGACAUCAUCAGCUACCGUCUUUUCAAGGAUUACUUGAUCACAGCCCCUGAAGAAGAGAUCCUCGAGGACUUUUACCAUCAACUGGGCGCCCAGAACUUGAGUUCGCUGGUAGAGGAGGAAGUCAGAAUUGGUCCCCAUGCCGAUAAGCAAGACCGGGCAGCCAAGUUGCGGAAGCACGUGUUGGAGCGCUCAAAGAUUUUCCUCCACGAAUACUCCAAUUACCGCAGAGACUACAUCAAGCGUGAUGCCAAGUGGCUGGAGAAGAGCUUGCAAGUUGAGCUUGUACGCUCUGUUGCGCUGCGUCGUUCACUGAGGGGCCACAGCCAAUCACACACUGAGAAGAGAUCUGCUGCCAGCGCUCAGUCUGGUUCUAGCUGGAUCUUGUACGUCGCUGCUGACGGACAACCCGACAUGUACCAAGUCGGGCAGGCCAUUUGUCAGCUCCUCUUGACGAGACCUAAUCAGCAAGCCUACCUCUUCUUCGAGCCGUUCCUAACACUCGAUCUUCUUGGCCUGCGAGCUCGUGGAUACAACGUAGAUCGUAUUUUGCGAGCAAAGGCUGCUGAGGCAAGAAUCGCCGAGGAGGAGCGCCGCAAGGCACUCGAAGUGGAGCAGAAGCGCAUCCAGGAGAGAGAGCAAGAAUGGGGCCAGCAAGCAAAGGCCGCCGAGGCUGCUCGACAGAUCGCGAAUAGAACUCCAGAACCUGUCAUGCCAGGCUCAUUCGGAGCCGACAGCCCAGAAGAAUCCCACAAGUUGCCGCCUCCGCAACCGAACCGAAAGAGCAAGAGCUUGUUCUCGAACCUCUCACGUCGCUUCGGUUUCGAAACCAAUGAUGACGAUGAGGCAGAGGAUCAGCUCCAGAAGUUCAUCGACAAACCUCAAGAGAACCAUCAGCACGGAGCUCCAGGGCAGCCUGGCAGGAGCAGCGGCAGCGGCUCGAACAAGGGCAAGGAUGAUGGACGUGUGACCAAUCCGGCCACUGUUGGCCAGAACCUCCUCAACGCCAUCAAUUCGACAAGAGCACACGACUCGAAUAGCGUCUUCUCGCCGCCUACAGUGAACGAGGUCAAGGAGCAGGCGACAUACUGCGACAGCACACCAGCACAGAACAUUGUGUUCGCUGCUGAGGCAUCAAAUACUAUGAAGGUUUUUGUUUCCAGGAAUCUCUCGACCGAUGCGGGUCAAUUCUUGUCGGCAUAUCAUAGCGCCAUCAACUCGUUCGCCUCCCUUCUUACUGAGGUGGGCGGCGUCUACUCCCUCUCUCCGCGAGUCCUUCACAUCUUCUACGAUGAGUCGGGUUCCACCAUCGCAUUCAACAGCAACGGCAGUGUUUUCUGUAACCUGCGCUUCUUCCUGCAACUACAUGCCGACAAGCUCAGCAGAUCUCCAGGAGGCGAAGGAAAAGCUGAGGCAGGCGUUUGGUGGUGGGUUGUGAUGGCUCAUGAGCUGGCGCACAACUUGGUUCAGCCUCACAACUCGGACCACAGCUACUACACGGAAUCAUUCAUCCAGCAAUACUUCGCCAAGAUGGUAAUGAAGACGGCACAGUGGACCCAGCAAGCUGCUGCUGCUCCGGCCGCACCCCUUGCUCUCCCUCCCGCACCUUCCCAGCCGCCAUCGGCCCCUCCUUCGUAUCAAGAGAGCAAUAGACAAGCGCCAGGAAACGCACGAUACACUUUGUUUGAUUAG